AUGGCUGAACUCACAACCCGCAACGGCGAUCCUUUCGACCGUACACUUUUUGAGUCACUUUUGAAGCGUCGACUUUUCUAUACCGAAUCUUUCGAAAUUUACCGAACCUCUGGAAACAUUAAAGGCGAUAGUAGGGGCCUCUACGAUUAUGGACCUCCAGGGUGUGCGCUUCAGUCGAACAUUGUGGACUUAUGGCGGAAACACUUCGUCCUUCAGGAAGAUAUGCUCGAACUGGAUUGCACAAUUCUAACACCUGAGGAAGUAUUCAAGACUAGUGGUCAUGUCGAUAAAUUCGAGGACUGGAUGUGCAAGGAUUUGAAGAAGGGAGAUUUCUUACGGGCCGACCACCUUAUUGAAACGGUUCUUGAGGCGAGACUGAAGGGUGAUAAGGUAGCCAGAGGCAUUGCUUCUGAAGGUGACAAAGCUUAUGGUGAAGGGAAAAGGAAGAAGAAGGGUCCCAGUGUGAGCGACAUCAAGGCGAUGAAGUUGGAAGAUGCUGUCGUCGCGGAAUACGAGGAGGUUCUUGCCAAGAUCGAUAACUACGAUGGAUCCGAGCUCGGCACAUUAAUCAAGAAGUAUGAAAUUCGGAAGCCUGAUGGAGACGCACCGGUAUCACCACCCGUCCCCUUCAACCUCAUGUUCAAGACAACUAUCGGGCCCAGCAGUGCUUCCCCAGGAUAUCUCCGACCAGAGACAGCCCAAGGCCAGUUCCUAAACUUCAAGAAACUUCUGGACUACAACCAGAACUCGAUGCCAUUUGCGUCUGCUUCUAUUGGAAAAUCAUUCCGCAAUGAAAUUUCCCCUCGUUCUGGCCUGCUCCGCGUGAGAGAAUUCCUGAUGGCUGAGAUCGAGCACUUCGUCGAUCCGGAAGGUGGAAAGAAGCAUCCUAAGUUUGACCUGGUCAAAGAUCUGCAACUCAGCUUCCUCGAUCGCGCAACCCAGCUGGGUGGUAAGACCACUCUCCAGAAGACUACAAUCGGAGAAGCAGUGGCUAGUAAGAUGGUAGAAAAUGAGACACUGGGAUACUUCCUGGGCCGCAUCUACGUCUUUCUGCUCAAGAUCGGCGUCGACACGAAUAAAGUCCGAUUCCGUCAACACAUGGCAAACGAGAUGGCCCAUUAUGCUACUGACUGCUGGGACGCCGAGCUCCAGACCACUUACGGCUGGAUUGAAUGUGUCGGAUGUGCGGAUCGCAGCGCCUACGAUUUGACCGUGCACUCCAAGAAAACAAAAGAGCCUCUUGUCGUCCGUGAAUCCCGGAGCGAGCCGCUGAGAGUAGAAGAGUGGCAAAUCGACAUCAGCAAGCCCAAGCUGGGACCAGUCUUCAAGAAAAACGCCAAAGCUGUGGAAGCGGCGCUGACCUCGCUCUCUCAAUCUGAGCGGGAGUCCCUGGCUACGAUUCUAGAAGAGAAAGGUAUCAUUUCAGUCACUGUCCCCGAGAUGGCAGAACGUGUUGAGAUUUCCAAAGACUUCAUCAGUAUCGUCAAAAGAACGAGAAUUGAAAACGUCCGCGAAUACAUCCCCAAUGUUAUCGAGCCAUCAUUCGGCAUUGGGCGAAUUUUCUACAGUCUGCUGGAGCAUGUUUACUGGCAUCGUGCUAACGAUCCCGCGCGUGGUGUUCUUUCCUUUCCCAUCUCGGUGGCACCCACGAAAGUUCUCAUUGUCCCGCUCUCCACUCACCAAGACUUUGUUCUCCUAACAAAGAAAAUCACUGAGGAUCUCCGUGAGCUGGGCAUAUCUUGUCGCGCUGAUGAGUCCUCUGCAAGUAUUGGAAAGAGGUAUGCCCGGAAUGACGAAUUGGGUAUCCCGCUCGGUAUCACGAUCGACUUCGACUCUGUGAAAGAUGGAACGAUCACGCUGCGGGAGCGCGAUAGUACAAAACAAGUCCGCGCCUCUCAGGAGGAAGUUUUCGUUGCUAUCGAGUCUCUCAUUAACGGUAAGGAGAAAUGGGAGGAUGUGUUUGCAAGACUCCCUGAGUUUCUGGGUCAGAGUGGAGAUGAGUAA